AUGAACUGGUUUGGGAUCUUCGGACUGCUGGCCCUCUCGGAGGCACUGGUCACGAUCCCUCUGCGGAAGAUCAAGCCCCUGAGAGAAAGCCUGAGGGAAAUUAACCAGCUGAAUAACUUCCUGGACACGUAUCGGCACAGCACCAUCUCCAAGUAUUUUCUCAGCCAGGAGAGCAAGGGCGUUCCCAAAAAGGCACUCCAGAACUACCUGGAUAUGGCGUACAUCGGCACCAUUAGCAUCGGGACGCCCCCUCAGGAGUUUGAAGUCAUCUUCGAUACGGGCUCCACUGACCUGUGGGUGCCCUCCAUCUACUGCCACAGCUCUGCCUGCAGUGACCACAACGUCUUCCACCCUCUGAGGUCCUCCACCUUCCAGUUCUUGGGCCAGCCCAUCGACAUCACCUACGGCACCGGGGCCAUGAAGGGGUUUCUGGGCAGAGACACGGUGAAGGUCGCGGGGCUGGUGGAUGAGAACCAGGACUUUGGCCUGAGCGUGCUGGAGCCCACGCCCUUCAUGGACAAGAUGCCCUUCGAUGGCAUUCUGGGACUGGCCUUCCCCACCUUGGCCACCAAUGGAAGCACCCCUUUCUUUGAUAACCUACUGAAGCAGGGAGUCAUUUCUCAAGGCGUCUUUGCCUUCUACUUGACCGGCAACUUCCAAACCACGCCUUUGAGCCUAACCCAAGAUAUCUGGGUUCUGGGCGACGUUUUCCUGAGGCUGUAUUUCUCCGUCUACGACCGGGAUAAUCAGAGGAUGGGCCUGGCGCCGGCCGUGUGA